UAAAGUACUUUUGCGCGUCAAUUUAUCGCUUUCGCAUUCGACUAUUGUCAUACUAACGUCCCAAGAGCUAAAAGCUAAUUUUCGUCAUUGAAAGCAUUACUUGAUGUCCAAAAUUUGGCGUCAGUUUGCUCUAAUAGAACAGGUUUUCGUUCGCACGUAAGCUGACGAAAAAAAAUGAAUAUUCAUCAACGUUUUAUUUGGUUCUUGUAAAUUCAGAAAGAUUAAUCUAGCAAUACGACAGCUUUUUGUUUCUUUUGAAAAACCACCUGCAGAGAAUACUCAGAAGUCGAGCUUCGCGGCGAAAACUAAAUCGACAUUUGUGAGGAACGAAGUAUGAAGCGUUGUUUUGAGCCGAGUCAAGCUCAACAUUUCUUAUUCUCUGAAAUUUGUUUGGUAUUUCCUCAGAAUUUCUUUGGACUCAUCCAUCGAUGAAAAUACGUCGAGUUUACGAACAACUUUUGAAGCAAGAAAAGCGAACAGUCCUCCGAUUGAAGUGUCUUUCUGGAGCAACAGCCUUUAUUGUCUUCGCUGUGUUUCUCACAACGUUUCUUAGCUCAGAAGUCGUUCGGAAAAUUGCUAAAGGUUUUAGUUUUGAGGAAGGUGGCUGCGUUGUACAAGAAUCAUAUUUUACUGGUAGCAAUGUUACCUGCGCAUGUGGAAUGCACACUUGUUUUAGCCUCUAUCCUUGUUUACGGAUCUUGGUAAAAAUGACUGCGAAACGGACUGAAGAUGCUGAAACAUCUACGCCAGUCCUUCUGCAUAACACCAUUUACGAUAUGGGAUCUGAAUGUACCUACGGGCCUCCUUGUGAGCCAAAUAUCACCAACAACUUCGCUUCUGUGCUCAAAUACAAAAACUCCAAGGGACAGCGGGAUCACCUGUUGCAGUGUUACUUUAACCCGAAUGAUCCCACAGAGGUGAUAUUAGACAAAAGUGCACAUGAAAUGAUUGCGUUUCACGCCAUGUUUUGGCCAUGUUGCGCAUUUAUAAUCGGUCUGUGUAUUCUGCUGAAGACAUAUUACAUGAGGAAAGCUCACAAAAAGCAGGAUGUUGUAAAGCCACAAGACAUUGAACUUGGAGAGACACAUCUCACCUCUAAUAACAACGUUUAUAAUUAUCCUUUCGUCAAAAGUCUUGCAGACUAACAGAAGAGGUGUAUCAUAUUAUGUCAUGCGAAAAAUAAAUUGUAAAGCAGAAAUUUAAUAAUCUCGGAGCAUUGAGUAUAUUUCA